AUGCUGUCGUAUCAGGAUAUGACUGAGAGCGAGCGCGAGUUGUAUGACAAAGUCAAGAAUGCGAGUGGAGAGCUCACUCUGAAAGCGAGUCAGCUUGGCAGUGCUGAAGCACAGGCGAUCGCUGAAGCUCUCAAGGUGAACACGACAUUGACUCAGCUCCAUUUGAUGGAUAAUCAGAUUGGUGACAUUGGAGCACAGGCGAUGGCUGAAGCACUCAAGGUGAACACGAAAGUGACUCAGCUCUAUUUGGGCACGAAUCAGAUUGGCCAUGGCGGAGCGCAGGCGAUCGCUGAAGCACUCAAGGUGAACACGACACUGAAUGAUCUUGACCUGGGAGAGAAUAUGAUUGGUGACAUUGGAGCGCAGGCGAUGGCUGAAGCUCUCAAGGUGAACACGACACUGGAUUAUCUUGACCUGAGUGUGAAUCAGAUUGGCGAUACUGGAGCGACGGCGAUUGUUGAAGCACUCAAAGCGAACACGACAGUGACUUUAAUCGACAAAGGGCAUUACGAGUGCUCACUGAUGGAGGAGAUGGACAGUUUGCAUGAGAAUCAGAUUGGCGAUGCUGGAGCGCAGGCGAUCGCUGAGGCAGUCAAAGUGAACAAUACGCUGACUAUGCUUUAUAUGGACCAGAACUUCUUAACCGAAGCUGGUAUUACUUCACUCCGGCAAACGGGCAAUGCCGAAUGUAAAGUUGAUUUCGACGAGUAUCCACUUGCCACCCAGCGUGUCCCAUCGCCUGCUGACUUUCAGAGUGCGGCCCGUGCCGCAGCGAAUGCAACAAUUGAGCAUCUGCAAUUGCGUUCCAAGCUCGCUGCCAAAGGCCAGGAGCUGACCGCCAAAGACCAGGAGCUUAGCGCCAAAGACCAGGAGCUGCAACAACUUCGCUCCGAUCUUGCUGCCAAAGAUCAGGCGCUCGCUGCUAAAGAUCAAGAGCUGCAACAACUUCGCUCCGAUCUCGCUGCCAAGGAUCUUGAACUGAAAUCAGCUCUUGAGCGGAUCGACGAACUUGAGCCAGCCAUUGACGGACCCAUCACGCAAGUGCCUCUCGCAACUCUUGCUACCGCGACAAACAAUUUUGCUGCUGAAUCCCUGCUCGGCGAAGGAGCAUUUGGUCGCGUGUACGGCGCCUUUAUGCCUGGCACUCAUGUUGCCAUCAAGAGGCUCUCUGCUGAAUCAAAGCAAGGCGCGGUCGAAUUCAAGUCGGAACUAGACUCUUUGUCCAAAUUCCGCCACGCAAACAUCAUUGCCAUUCUGUCGUAUGCUGAGGAAGGCGACGAGCGAUGCCUUGUGUACGAGUACAUGCCGAAUGGUUCUGUUCGCGAUCGUCUCAGUCGCAAGAACGACACCCCUCCGCUAGCCUGGUCCCAGCGUCAGCGCAUUGCAACCGAUGUCUCUCGUGGCAUGCACUAUGUCCAAACAGCCUUCCCUGACCAUGCACUGUUCCACCUCGACCUCAAGACGGACAAUGUGCUUUUGGACGCACACUUCAAUGCCAAAGUGUCUGAUUUUGGCCUGGUUCGUGCUGCCCAACACCUCGACGAGAAGAGCUAUUUACGCACACAAAACGUGCAAGGGACUAUGGCUUACAUGUGCCCGGAGUUCCUCAUUGAGGGCAGAAUGACCAUCAAGACGGACGUCCACGCAUUUGGCAUGAUUCUGCUCGAGCUGGUGACCGCCGCCAAGGCUGGGCCCAGACAGAAAUCAGAAGCGCGAAAAGCUGUUAAAAACCAGAAAUUCGCUGACAUGGUGGACUCGACCCUCAAGCCAACCGAAGCAGAGCUCCAGAACGUCAGCGAGCUCGUUACUCUGGCACUUGAGUGUCUUGAUGAAGCUGCUGAUGAACGUCCCUCCUUUGGAGCCAUUAUUGCUUCAUUGGAUCCUUGAUGACCGGUGAAACAUGUCGUGCAUCGACGGUCUCAUAUCAUAAACAAACGAUGGU